CCCUCCCUCGCGCUGUCUCUCCGAGAAGAAAAGUAGUGUGUGGUGGUGGCGUGUCAGAGUGGUUCAGAUCCAACCGGCGAAUAAGGUGGAACAAUGGCGGAUUCGUUGGUACUUUUCACUUCCAUAGGGCUCAGUGAGCAGAAAGCGAAAGAAACGCUGAAAAAUGAAGCCCUGAGUUCCACCUUGAAGGAUGCAAUUAUUCAGGCCCAGCGUGUCCGUGGGGCAUCAGGAGUUGACAAAGCCAUGGGCACACUGCUGUACAGUAUGGCAUCUCGUCUUAAAGACUCCAAACGUGUGGCUUUCCUUUCAGACAGCAUAGUUCAGAGCAAAAUCUGCACAGAGCUACAGCUAGCAGCUGCCCUUGAAUUUGUGAAGAGUCACCCUCACGACCCCAUCAACCAGAGGGAGUUUGAAAAGGCAUGUGGAGUGGGCGUGGUCAUAACACCAGAGCAGAUCGAAGAUGCAGUGGAGUCGGUGAUGAAGAAGCACAAGGAACAUCUGUUAAUGGAGAGGUACCACUUCAACAUGGGACUGCUAAUGGGAGAAGCACGUGCUGCCCUAAAAUGGGCUGAUGGAAAGGUCAUCAAAAAUGAGGUGGACCUGCAGGUCCUACACCUCUUAGGACCCAAGACAGAGGCUGACCUGGAGAAGAAAGCAAAGCCCCAGAAAGCUAAAGUCGCAGAGAUUGAGGUAAAGGCGAAGAAAGAGGAGGCGGCAGUGAAUGGUGAGGUGAAGACUGGAGAGGGAAAAUCGCUCAUGGAGCAGCUCAGAGGAGAGGCAAUCAAGUUCCAUAAACCAGGAGAGAACUAUACAACUGAGGGCUAUGUGGUCACACCCAAUACAAUGGACUUGCUUAAAAAGCACAUGGAGAUCACUGGUGGACAGAUACGUACUCGGUUUCCUCCUGAGCCCAACGGUAUCCUUCACAUUGGACACGCCAAAGCUAUCAACUUCAAUUUUGGUUAUGCAAAGGCAAACAACGGAAUUUGUUUCUUGAGGUACGAUGACACAAAUCCAGAGAAGGAGGAGGAAAAAUACUUCACUGCUAUCAAGGACAUGGUGGAGUGGCUUGGCUACAAACCUCACGAGAUCACGCAUGCAUCCGACAACUUCCAGCAACUCUACGUCCUCGCUGUGGAUCUCAUUCGCAGGGGUCAUGCGUACAUAUGCCAUCAGAAAGGGGAGGAACUGAAGGGUCAUAAUGCUCCCGCAUCACCCUGGAGAGACAGACCCACGGAGGAGUCACUGGUGUUGUUUGAGAGGAUGAAGAAGGGGCUGUUUGCUGAGGGAGAGGCUACACUCAGGAUGAAGAUGGUCAUGGAGGACGGGAAGAUGGACCCAGUGGCGUACCGAAUCAAAUACACACCGCAUCAUCGCACAGGAGAUGAGUGGUGCAUCUACCCCACUUAUGACUACACCCACUGUCUGUGUGACUCUAUUGAAAAUAUCACACACUCACUCUGCACCAAAGAGUUUCAGGCCAGGCGUUCAUCAUAUUUCUGGCUGUGUAACACUCUGGAUGUGUACUGCCCUGUUCAGUGGGAAUAUGGACGCUUGAACCUCACCUACACUGUUGUGUCAAAGAGGAAAAUCAUCAAACUGGUAGAGACUGGCGUUGUCAGAGACUGGGACGACCCCCGACUCUUCACUCUCACUGCGCUGAAGAGAAGAGGUUUUCCACCAGAGGCUAUUAACAACUUCUGUGCACGGGUCGGAGUCACAGUUUCCCAGACGACGACAGAGCCGCACCUUCUGGAGUCGUGUGUGAGGGACGUGCUGAACGACAGGGCACCCAGAGCCAUGGCGGUGCUGGAACCACUCAAAGUCACUAUCACUAACCUCCCUGAGACCUCAAAGUCAGAUAUACGAGUGCCAGACUUUCCUGCCAACGAGGCCAAGGGCAGCCACACCGUCCCGUUUACACGCACAAUCUUCAUUGAAGAGAGUGACUUCAGAGAGGUGAUGGAGAAGGGCUACAAGCGUUUGACCCCAGAACAGCCUGUAGGUCUGAGGCAUGCUGGGUAUGUCAUCUCUGUCAAGAAGGUCCUCAAGGACGCUCAGGGUAAAGUGGUCGAACUGGAGGUGAACUGUUGCAGUUCUGAGACCGCAGAGAAACCAAAGGCCUUCAUCCACUGGGUCAGCCAGCCAUUGGUGUGUGAAGUGCGCCUUUAUGAAAGACUAUUCCUGCAUAAAUAUCCAGAGGAUCCGUCUGAAGUGCCCAAUGGCUUCCUGAGUGACAUCAAUCCUCAUUCGCUACAUACGAUCAGCAGUGCCUUAGUGGAUACGUCUGUGAAGGGAGCAAAGAUUCUUGACAGAUUCCAGUUUGAGAGAGUUGGCUACUUCUCACUGGACCCCGACAGCACAGCAGAUAAGCUCGUCUUCAACAGAACAGUCACCCUCAAGGAAGACCCUGGGAAAAUUUGACUGACUGAGAUCAAGCCGCACUGCCUGCUUCCCAUGAGCCCAUAGAUACAUGUCCAAAAUGAUUGCAUCACUUAAUGUGUAUUAUCAGCGAGGGCACAGACUGCUCAGGCUGAGAUUGAAUCAAAUCAGAUGCACUGCAUGUCCACAUUUCUACAGUUCUCUGUCAUGGAUCUGUCUCACUUAAAUUAGAAAGUAUAAUUAUAUUUAUUAAUUGUCGGCUGUGUAAACAGAACAACUGCAGUAUCACUUUGCUCAAUCUCAACCUCGGUCAGUCUGUGUCAGUGUCCUCUUGACUCUUUUUCUAUAACUGCUGCAAUAAUAUAAUAUAAUAUAAUAUUUGCACUUAUAGUGUUUCUUCUUUGUUGAAUGUAUGCAACUGGAAUCAUUGUUCAACAAGGACCUCAUGUAUGUACAUUUAAUAUUGGCUCUAAGCUGGUUUUACACAAAGGAGAUGCUCUCAAAUUCUAUACAUGAAGGUAGUAAUCACUGCCAAACCAUCAUGUUUUUUUAAGACUCAUAAGGGGGAACAUGUGUCCUUUUUACAGGAGACAAAAAUAAAUAUGUAAAAGGAAAAGCCCUGCAAUGUCUCUGUUUUAAGUUUCUGAUGCUGAUAUGAAUAUUAUCCUACCAGUGAUAUUUGUAAGCAGAUAUUUGGUCCAAACAGAAAGCAUUGUGGGAAAUCAGAAUCAGGUUUAUUGCCAUGUAGGUUUUUACAUACAAGGAAUAUACUUUGGUGUUAUUGGGGCCCAUUAUGAAAAACAUAAACAAAGUAAGUAGUGAAUGAAAUCAAAAUUAAAAGCCAGUAUUCUAAUCAAGAAACAUAUAAUAU